CAGGCGAGAUCGAGAGCAUCAGAGGCAGAUCUGUUGGAGAAAGAAUCAUUUUCCAUAUGACCACAGAAGCAUUAUUCCUGCCCCCUCUUGAGUCUGGGCUGGAGCACAACAACCAGGAGAGUUCAGAAGAGGGUGAAUUCAGGCAGAUGGUGGGAACCAAGGACGUGGUCAAGGAUGUUUCCAUAACCACUGAAUCUAAUAAUCUCUUGACACCCCCACUUGAAGAAGUCAACAGUCUCAUCUCCAAAAAAAAUACACUAGAAGAAUUAUCCAACUUGAUACCAAAGGAUGCCCCUGUGGAGAAAGCCUCCUCAUCUCCAGCCAUUCAUGGAAUGAAUAUGGCACCUGUCUACAACCAACUAGACCAAAGGCAAGAGGACAGCCAGAUCAAGAUGCCAAAUGUCUGCUCAGAGCAGCAGGAAAAAGCAAGUACUUCAUGUCAGUUGGAAGAAGGAGAGACUGGCAGCUGUCUUGAGUGUCAUAACAAUAUUUUAAAUGUUUUUCCAGAAUUUAAGCACUCAAAUGGAACCUCGAUGCAAGAGGUUCAAGGAGUGGAGAGCAAGCUAUAUCACUGCGCUGAUAAAGUUCCCAUUGUGCCUGCUGAUUUCCCGAAAUCUUUGGAAUCUGUCCAAGAGGCUAAAAAGGAUCCUCUUGUUUAUAAUGGAACUAUUUCAGAUAUUGCUUCAGAGCAGCAGACCUCCAAUGACAUCUCUAAUCAACCAGACCAAAAGAUAGAAGACGACACUGUAGAUCAUUCUGUCAAAUCUUUUGACGCGCAUUCAGAUUCACCAGAGAAACCAGAACUUACCAGUAGCCUCAAACAAAUUCCUGCCUGUGAAGAGAAAAGCAAAAGUCUCACUUCACCUAAAUCUCCCAACUUGUUGUGUCUGGAGACCAACUGUCAAAACCAAGCAGGGGAGGGACAGUGUUUUAUCUCCAGUCAUUCUAAUUUUGAUUUGACAGAUGAACUUCAGGGAACAUUUCACCCUACCAACAUUCAUGAAGAAAGAAAGCCAAGCUGCCAAAAAAUUACAGAAACAGGUAAUGAAGAAAUAAUAACCAAUAAAGAGAAUGAUCAGUUACUUUUAGCUUCAGAAGAUUGCCAGGGUCAUGUCAAUGGGCAGUAUUUGAGAAACGUCUUGGAAGAUAAUUCUCAAGAAACUGGCGAGCAGGUCACCCAAGAUUCUUCCUGCAGUCCAAAUUCAUCUUCCCUGGCAUUAGCAGGCUCCCAGCUAGAUGUUGACUUCUGCUGCCAGCAGGGGGCGUCAGGUACAGGUUGUGACACUCUACCUUCGAAACUGCUGGCACAGUCUCCUGUGGCAACCAAUGACUCCUGUGGACCUGCCCACCAGGGCCUGGCUCCUGUAUGUGACGGGCAAGACAGGGAAGGCUUGACUAUUCAUGAGUCAAGAGGAGCCGGCAAUAACGAUCAGUCCCAGGGUGAGGUUGGAGCAGAGUGUGUGCUGGAAUCUGAGAGGCAAAAAGAAGAGACCAGGGACUCUGAGCCUGGAGAAAAUACCAGCCAGCCAGAGGAGGCAGAGAAUCUGUCUGGUGCCAACAAACUGGACGAAGCAUUUCCUGACUCACAAAGCCUGACGGGUGCAGGUGAUCCAACUUGUCCCAGAGAGGCAGCUAGUGCAAUGGUUUUAGCCAGUGCGGAAGAUCUGCUAGAUACCAGGAACAGAGCAGACUCUCGAGGUUUAGCUAAUGCCUCUUUAGCUAAUGGGUUAGAUAUUGCUACAGAGCAUUCUGGGUCAAAUCCAACACCACGAAAAGGAUUACUUCUUGAUGUUGCAAGCCCCACCAGUACCAGAGAUCUGGUGAGCCCAGAAGAUCCAACUCUUGCUGCACCUCCUGCUGAAGAACACUUGGUGACUGAAGAAUCCGAUUGUCCCACAGACCUGAUGGGAAAUAAUACCGAUGAGCCCGAGAACCCUUCUCAUGCUACCGAGACCCCAAUUGAGCGAGAGAUUCGUCUACAUCUGGAAAGGGAAGAGCUUCUACGCAGGGAGAGAGGCCUGGGCAGCUCUCGAGGUACCCAGGAAUAUGUGGAAGUGUGCAUCAAGCCUAUCUUGAACCAAAGUACAGCAUCAUCCAUAAAGCCAAAGGAAAAGGAGCGUCAGUGGGCUAGUGUCCAGAUGCAGAGGGAGAUUCAACGGGAGUGUCGGCGUGAAGAGGACCUAGUGCAGUUGGGCAAGGUGAGAGGUACCUAUGACCGUGGUACACCCCAAGAACUGCAGGAGAAGAAGAUGAUUUUUAAGCAUCAUUCCCACCCUGGGACACCAGACUUCAAAAAGAAGGGGCAUAGCAGCAGAAGCACCAGCUCCACAGAAAAUGCUUUUGCUGAGGUCAAUCGGAUGCCCAAUGUGAUCAUCCAGGACUCUGGUGUUGCAGCAGAACCGAAGCAGCAUAUGCCAGGGAGAGCCUCCUUGGCUAGCCCCUUUUUCUGCUUGCGUGCCAAAAGCUCUCAGUCUCUGUUGUAUCAGGAGGUCCGGGAGGUCCAGGAACGAGAACAGGAGCUGCAGAGGCAGAGGCUCGCCCUGUAUGGCUCAUCACUGCCUUGCCACCCAACACAAGACUCCAAUCAAGAUGAGGAAGUCCCCUCCCCACCAGAGAGACCUUCCUGCAAGAAACUGGAGGUCAUUUGGCCCCCUCCUAGCACUUCAGAGAACAUUCAGGUGAAUGGCCUCCACCAGGUGGAGAGAAGUCCUCGACUCCUGCGUCGCCAGAGGAGUGCCUUAAUCCAGCGUUGGGAGUCUGGAGCUAUUGGCAAUGAGGAGAAUCAGGAUUAAGGGCUGCCACAGCCUGAAGAAGCAAUGGGUUGACCUCUUUUCAUAAGAUAUACCGGGGUUUCUCAAGGGGUGUCUCACACAAGAAUAAGUGCCGUGUGCAAGCAUCUCUCUGGAGUCUAUCAUGCACUCCUUCUAUUCAGCCUUUUGAUUUGACAGAAAUGUUCCAAAGCCUGUCUGCCUUAUGUUUGGUCAUAAGCAGAAAGGAUGUUUAUAGUUGGUUGCCUUCUUCUGAGAUUUAAACUGGAGUGAGAAGGAAAGACUAUAGUUAGACUACGAGCUGUUCUGAGGGCUUAUAUAAGCAGGAAGAUGGGGGUAUCAUUUUAGUAAUCAAUAAAUCAAAUUAAGUUCCAAAUCUAAAGCAGUGCAACUAUUAAUUUGUAUUUAUGUAGGGACAUCUGGAUUGACACUGAUGUCUCAUUUAAAUCACUUUAUAUUCAUAAUUUUUUUCCUACAUUUUAUAGUUUUGAUCCAUAGGUUCCCACCACAUGCAAUUUUUCUCAAGUAGAUCCAUGGAUGUACACUCUGAGCAAGGUGACUCUCUUAAGGAUGUCUAGGUACACAAGACAGAAGAUUAUAUUUAGGUUUGGGAGCUUGGCAAUUAACUGUUUGGCUCUCUGGGCUGAUUACAUCUCUGGAUACAUAUCCUCAGGAAAGAAAAAUAUUAGAUUACCAGUUCCUAUGUGAUUUAUUUUGUCCUCAGGUUUGCUCAUAUUCAACAUGUUGCAUGUGGAUUUUGCCCUUGGGUAUUUAUAUAGCACAACAACAUAUGGUAGGAGUAUUACUUCAUAUUACUCCAAUUCAUAGGGGAGAAACUGUAACAAAAUAUAUAUACCUUUGCAAAGCUCCUUUCUGUUGCUCAUUUUACAGGAGAUUCUGGCUUCUGUUUGUUUCUUUAAAAUUAAAGAUUAUUUUGGGUAUGAGUAACCCCAAAUUGCUAGCUUUUAUAAAUGCAGCAAGAAUCCUGGUCCUUAAAAUUAUUUCUGUGGCCCUUAAAAAGAAUUUUUGUCUGAGGUUUUUACUCAUUGAGAAAAUAAAGGACAGUUGUUUUUCCCCCAGAGCUAAAAGCCAUUUAAGGGAAAGAGUGAACUUGUUUAAUUAACUGUUAUUUUAAAGGCUAAAUCUAUAAUAGCAUUUCCUUUUGUAAGUAAAUGGGAUUUAUUGAAUUAACAGGGCAUUUAAUGCACAAUAAAAGCUAACUGGCAGAGGAGCUCUCUGCCUUGACUAUUGUGCCUCGGCUAUGUUUCUGCUUUGUGGCAACGGAGAAAUGAUUAUGUCAACAUCUCUAGUUUAAAAGGGUGGGGAGGGAUCCUAUUUCAUCUGGCUGGAGUGAGAGUCCUCCACAAAGGCUUGGUCUGCUGAGGUGACUUGUAUGACUCAUAAAACCACAUUUUAUCAGGAAGCAACAGGUGGCUUAGAAAUAUGUACAAAUUGAUCUCAUAGAAACGGAGUUUUGGUCACAGAUUCAACACUGACCAGCUUCUUCAUUUGCCGCACCCUUUGCUCAUUUCUGAUGCCUUUCUGGGAUCUGAGUAUUAGAGGCAGUAUUUCAUCAAGUAAAAAAGUGAAUGAUCCCCAACCAAAGCCAUACUUUCAACCAGUAGAUUUAUUCCUAGCAGUGCCAAAUCCAAUGCUGUAAAUAUUUCUUAAGAAUUUAUGCUACCAUUUAUAACUCUACCACUUCUUAAAAUUAAUGUGAAACAAUAACCUUUGUUAGUGUCACUUGUGUAAUGCUUACUUGGCAUCAGGAUAGCUUAGUAGCCACACCCAAACUCUUUAAAGCACUUCUUCCUAAACUCCUUCCCUUUGGAAACAUUAAUUUUUUUACUCAGGCUUUUAAAUGAAUAAAACAAUGACUGUAUUAUCUCUGUUAUCACUGUAUGUUUUGCAAAUCUCUCUUUGAUAGUUGGCAUUCUGUAAAUAUUUUAAUAAAUAAAAGGACAUUCUGUAAUGUAGAACUGACAAAAACCUUUUCCAGCCUGAAAUGAGCUAACAGGUUGGAGUUGGGAUGCUUAAACCCCAGAAUUGCCACUCCUUCUGUUUUUUUAGUUAUGAGAAAUCAUAACCAAGUGUAAUCUUUAAUACUAAUAAUGAAUCGCACAGCCUUGUCUCUCUACCUCUUGCCUCCCCUCCAUCGCCUUCUUUCUGUCCAUGCAUGUUCUGGAGAGAGAAUCAAGAAUAGCACUGGGAAUUAAAGCUGCAGAAAAGUUUCUUGAAAUGUUUAGAGUGUAUCAGUCACGGGAACUACAGCUACCAUGGGGAGAGGGUGAUCCUGUCAUAAAAUGAUGGCAGUAAUGACUAAGAGGAGCCCCAAAGCAAAAUGUGGAGCAGAGAGCCAACUGAGUAGUAUGCCAGCCUUAGGAGCAAAGCAAGUGGGUGACUGAGAAGGGAGGGACCGAUGCUGUCUGUAGGGAAACAGAAGAAAAAGAUGCCAUCUUUACAAAAUUCAUGUAUGUAAAAUAUGUAAUUUCAGACACAAAUUAUACAUUUGCAACGUUUAUAUCAUGGCAUUGUGACAUAUGUGAUACUAGUCUCUUUCAUUAGAUGCUUAUGGGCAGGACUAUGUCCUUUCCUCUCUUACAUACAGUUAUGGUUAUUGUUUUAACCAUUCAGUCAUGUCCGAUUCUUGGUGACUUUAUAAGCAAGUGCUCCUCAUGCUACCCCGUUAAACACAAUUUCUUUCAGUUGUUGGAUAUUCAUCUUUGUAUCAGUUUUAAUGUUAUCAAGCCAGCAUGUUCUUUGUUUGCCCCUUCUUCUUUGUCCACUAA